GAGAGGGUUUGUGAAGAGCCUGCUUUCCUCAAGCUUACCACGAAAGAGGUGUGAGUGCCUUUUGAGUUCCCCCCACCUCCUUCACUACUGGGUUUCAGUACCCACUGGAGUGGUGUUUGAGGAGGCCUGGUUCUUGUAGGUAGCAGUAAUCUGAUGCUGAGAUGAAGGUACUGAUUGAAUGAGUAGUAAGCAAACGACUCUUUCAAACACAUCCUGGUAUAUAAGAUUAGCUAGAAAGUCUUUCCUGUUUUGCCUCUUACUUGUGGAUAAGUUUCAUAUGUGGUUAUUGAUAGUUUUUAAUUUUCUACUUUUUGUUUUAACUUGUAAAUUUUAGAAUCAUUUCCAUUAUUUAAUAUGUAGAGGAGAUUUAGGAUGAUCUCGGAAGCAACUUUCCAGCAAGGCUGUGUAGUUUGUGCUGUCUAGGAAACUGCCUUUCUGAAGCAUUGGAUAAAAUCAUUGUUGACAUCAGUAGGGAUUUUUUAAUUAUUAUUACUCUCGAGCUUGCUCAUUUCUUUAGUGACUGCUUUUUUUCAAAGCAGCUGUUAAUCAGAUAUGCUUAGGCUAAUCAACAUCUGCUCUGGCUUUGUAUCAUUUUGCUUCAACUUCAGCAAGUUUAGUUGCUGGUUGAACAGAAGAACUCUCUUCCGCUUCCUCCCCAGAAAGCACAGAAACAUGGUGAUUUAAUAGAAAUUGCUAGAGUAGUUGGAAACAUAAUAGACAUUAGAGUUAAGUUUAUGGGUUUCAAGGAGGAAGAUGAUUUUAAGUCAUGUUUGUAUGCAGUGACUUGAGUUUUGGAGCAGUUAAAGGAUUUUAUCAGUAUUCAUUGAGAGCAGGUUAGGCAGAUGAGGCUUUUUAUCCUGUUGUUAGGUAGCAGGCAACUUUAAACAAGAAUUUAGGUGUUAUUUCCUUUCAUCUUUGUCCUUAUUUGUAACAACACACUCAUCCAGUGCAUAUUCUGUGAUGCAACUUCUUUGGAAGCUUUCUCUGAGCAGUGAAGGACUGGCAGUCUGAACAGAGCUGGGCAGAAGCUCCACUUGCAGCAUUACAACGAAGGCAGAACUCCAGAUUGAUUGCCCUUGAUUCUCACGAGAUGCUUCUUCCUGCUUGCUGUAAAAUCACAGUGGUCUCCUUCUAAAAAAGCACUUGAAGUAUAUAUUACUACUAAAGGAAGUAUAUGUGUUGUUCCUAUGUAUGCGAGUGGCUUUUAGACCUGCUAAUCACAAGCUUCAUGAAGAAAAUAUUAAAGUUAACAUAUGUGCUAAUGUUAAUUAUCUAAACCUGAUCACGCCUGCAGCACUUUGAUUCAGACUAGUGUAGUGGCAAUCUGCUACUUCAGCAGCAAGCAGGCACACUGCUUACUAUGGUUGUUGAGGUACAGAUGUGGCUGUGCUCGUGCUGUGUGGUUCUGCAUCAGCUUGGAGAAAGCUGUGAUGGUGUUUCUAAUGGCAGGCAUGGAAAGGAGACUUCUUUGGCAAGUUGAUCGCUUUUUUUGUUCAGUUGAGCUUAAAGUUGAGGUCGGUACCUGGGCAGAAGACUACCUACUGAACCCUUCCCUGAGCAGGUGUACAUUCAGCCCUCAGUGAGAAGAUGCAGAAUUGUAAGCUGAUAAUCUGCAAGAAAUUAAUUGCUGAAGAUUUUUUUCUUAGAUGGAGUAGUGUAAUGAAUGAAUGCAUAAUGCUUGUUGAUGCUGCUAACUUUUUAAAGGUGUCUGCAAGGCAGCGCAGGUUAAUUUUGCUUUGUAGAAAAGUUUAUUGCCUACACAUAUGCAUUAACACAUUUAUGGAAGAAUAGCUAAUAAAGGGAUUAGUUUGAGUAUAGAGUGACAGGUCAUAGCAUUAAACAAAUAUUUUUUAACUUGUGAGCUUCAAGUCAGUAGGCUCCUGUCAAAGCAAUAGCUAAAAAGUAUGAUGGUCUUAUCUCAAAGCUUUGCUACUGAAUUGAUGAAUUCAUCCAGUGCAUGUCGGAUGAUAUUAAAUUUGCUGCUUUUCUGACCACUUAUACUUUUCUGUUUCCUGAUAAAGUUGGACUUCAUUUAUUUUUUGGCAUUUGGGCAGGAGUUUUCUAGCAAGAUUUUUAUGAAGUCUGAGCUUUUGUUUUGCUCGUUCAGUGGUGUUGCUGGGCUACUGGUGCUGUGUGCUUCCAUCCCUGGUGUGCUGUGGGUACUUCCUAAGGUUGAAUGAAGCACAGCUGAAAUUAGUGUGAUUUCAUGAUUGUUUUUUUUCUUCCUAUUUUACUUUCCAUAUUUUGUUAGCAGAAAGCCUAGCAUAAGCUUCAUCAGCUCUUUUUAUUUAGUCUCACUGUAGAUUUUGAUAGCCUCGUGAUAAUCCUGUUCUGUCGUACCCUGAAAUGGUAGCACCUGGGGUGAGGUAAGACAUGACACAGUGAGGGUGAGAAGUGGCUUAAGAGAGCUAUUUUUGUUGUCUCACUGUCUUUUAUCAUACCCUCUGAUGGCAGCUGGAAACCUAAAAGUAUUUUGUGAAGACUUUGGCAGUUCCGCUCACUGUAGAACUGUUUUGAAUAACUUUUUUUUUCUUCAAGGAAUACCUAUAUUUGAAAGCAGCAUUUCUGCUGAAGGAUGUGAGGAAGACAAAUGAGAGACAGAUGUACCUGGGAUCUGUUGAUACAGUUGUACAGUGUGGAUGAAAUGCUCUGACGUCUUGCUCAGCUGGCUGGUGGGGAGCUGUCGGUGAAUUACUCAGUGCCUAGAUAUAUGCAAUUGUUAGGUAAUGAUAGGAAAGGACUUUUCCUGUCCGUACCGCUUGGUUUCACUUUGGUCUUUCUGGAAGAAAGAGGGUGUGAAGAAUGGAAAAUACUCGUUGGCUUUGGAGUUGUCAUCCAGAGAAUCAGUUGCUGAAGCUGCAGUCCUUAGAUUGCAUUCCCCUACAGCAAUUUAUUUGGCUCCUGGUUCCAGUUCUUUAUGAAUCAUUAAUCCCACUUCCCCCAUAUGCUGAGGGUAUUGCAAUGGGACGUUCUGAGGAGCACACUUUUUUUUUUUUCCAUUUUGCCAUGGGAAAAAGUGUUACUUGCACGUGUUUUCCCUCUGAAAGGGAAACUUGAUCUGAAGAAUAUAGACAGUCAGUCUCCCACAGGCUGUAGUGACAGCAAAUCUAGAUACUUGGAAAUAGUGACAGUGAGUAUCUGCCUUGCGAGUUUGUGAGGGUUAGAGCAGUGACUGGUAGCUGCACAACAAAGCAGAAGAUGCCUGCUGUCACUCGUGAGGUGGUGGUGGGGUGAGAAGCUGAGUUGAAAAAAGUGCAGUCUAAUCUAUGGCCUUCAGGUGGCUGAGGAUCUUCAGAGCAGAAAGAGAAGUAAAUGUUGAGGAUGCAGAAAGUGUAGCUUGUUCUCUUGUCAGUAGUCAAAUUCAUUUCUGGGUAAAUAUGGAGCAAAGAUCAGAGUGUGUAAAUUGCUUGAAGAAUAGUAAGGGAUUGGAAUGCUUUGGAUAAUAGAGGUGUCUAUUUGCUCUUGUUAAAGAUGACAUAAUAAGAAAAAAAUUAAACAUAGCAUUCUUUUUGAUACUGCAGUGGGCAUAAAUUGUUAAUGCAGGACUGUUGGAUCUAUCUGACACAGACUAAGAGUUACCUUGAUUAUUUCCUUGUGGGGAAACAGAGGAGGAAAGUUCCUUAAAAUCUCACUUUGUGACACUUUGAAGCUCUGAAUCUCUUAAUCCCUACCUGUAGUCUUGCUAAUAUAAAUCUUAUUAGGUGCUUUUUCAGUGACUUCCUUAAGUCCUUAAACUCUUGCAGCUUAUUAUGAUUCUCUUAGUCCCUCCUGUUGAAGAGCACUGUAGGAGAUAAAACUAGGUGAUCAGUUUGCAUCGGAAGAUGAGAUGUAAUUGCCUGCCAAUGCCACACACACUAUGCAACUGCUAACAGGUAAUCUCUCUUUAGCUGCAGUUACAUCUACAGUAAAGUUGAGGAAGUUUGAAAUGUAUACAGACUUACGCUGUCACCUCUGUUGCUCCACUUCUAAGGUUAUAUGCUUGCAAAUGCAGCCUCUGAAGGGCUUAAGCAACGAGCUCUGAAUGAACGUGGCCUACAUGGAAUAACGUAAUAUUUGCUCUCGGCAGCUGCGUAUGGACUCACUGUCAUAACCGGUGCUAUUAGAAAAAGCUGUGGGUGGUGUCAGAAGAUGCUGCAGGUGAAUAGAUAAGGAUGCUAAGCUAACUUUUUCAUGUAUGGGAAUUACCAGGUCCUCAAUACUUUUGGUACCUCCCAACAGAACUGUGACGUUACUUUUUUCUUUUUUCUUUUUGCUGCUGCUGUUCUUUUUGUUGUUUGUAUCAUUAUUAUUGUUCAAGAAGUGGUCUUCCAAAUGUAAUAAGAGUGGGCAAUAUAAUUUCCUCACUUCUUUGCUUUUUUUAUUGGAAGUUCUUAUUUAAAUCUUGACAGUGAUGCAUUAAAUGCUUUUCUGUAUUGCUGAUUACUCUUACUGGGGGGAGAAGGGGGACGGGUGGAAGUAACUGCCAGAGAAAAAGAGCUGCUGCUGGGGAUUAAGUGUAAAGGGAAGAAUUGAGGAGAGGUACUUAAAAAAAUCACAUUAGUGCCUUUAAAGGAUAAUGUGUGUAUAGAUGCUUUUUUUUUUUUUUUUUUUUUUUUUUUGUGAAGAGUCAAUUUUAGAUGUAAAAAUAUAAACAUCAAAAUUCAGUGAUAUCAAAGUGUGCAUCCUUCCUCCUAUUUCUGUGACAGCCUUGUAGCUAGAUCAGCAGUAGGCUGGUUUAAUAAGGGAAACCUCUAAUGCUGUGGUUCUCAUGUCACAGCCAGGCUUUCAAUGUAGCCCUUGCUGAUAAGUUUAACAUGCCUGUCAUCCCAGUAAGUGACGUUCUCCAUAUAUCCCUUGCCCUUUUCAUUGAGGUGAAGGGCAACAGGUAGCGUAGCUGUAAUGCUUGUUAGUAAGGGAUCUUUCAAGUUCCAUUUUGCGCAUUUUUAUUGUCUAGAAAUGCGAGGAAGGAGCCCUUUGAAAAAGGGGUUGGGUUCAGAGUGCUAACUGUGAAAGGAAAUACAAAUCUGAAUUUACGUAGAGUGAUAAAUUGAGAAAUACGUUCUGUGGACAAGCAGGAGGGGAAAUGGUGAAAAUAAGAGUGAAAUGUCACUUGUGGGAGGGGAACUUGCUAUGCUUUUUUCUGUUAAGAGUUCUGCACAAUUUUUUGUGAUAAUGUAGAUAUUAUAGAUACAUACAGAUUAUAUGUGUAGUAUUUCCAUAGUUCAUUCUUGUUGCUGGGCUCCCUAGAAAUGCUGCAUACUAAAGGAAUGUGAGGAAAUCCUAACCUGCUCUUUGUUUACUUGUUUUCUUAGUUUUUCUCGUGUGCACUAUCAUACAAGAAAACAAGAAAGUUGUAUAUUUCAUUGGAUUGCUUUGAACUGCUGUAUUAUGUCUUUUUGUUUUUGUGGAUUAAGUUGUAUGCAAGAAAAACAGGAUAACAAUGAGGAAGAGAAAGUAGGAAGAAAAUUUUGUCUUGCGUAUAUCUAUGUGCAUGUACUGUGCGAGUAAGUAUGUGCAGAGAUAGAUUUUGACUGGAAAUUGUUGGCCAUUCUAUUGAACUGAGAGUGUCUUAGUAAUAAUGUGUAGGAGUAGAAUUUGGGAUAUUGAAUGCUGAGAAAACACAGUUGCUUUUUCAGGGGGGAAAUUCAGUUGCCGUGUCAAUAUUUUAAUAUAUUUGUGCUAAGUAGUCGUUUAGUUCAUUUGUGUAUCUUACAAAGAAUAACAAGUUUGAAAGGGGAGGAGGGUAGCUUUGAAAAUACAGUAAAACACUGAGAACCCAGUAAGCUUAUUGUUAGACCAUAGACACUUAUACAGUUUUAAAGCUUUUUUAAAAAAAGUUGUUUUAUAAAGUAGUUUCUUGCACUUUACCUGCUGGCUUUUCAAUUUGGUAGAUAACAUCUGAACUCCAGCAGAGUUUUAUAAUCCCCACGUGCUUAAAUAUACUAAAUGUUCUUUUUCCAUUAAGGUUAAUGUUCGUGAAGAAAUUGAAGAGUUUUUUCCAAGAAUGUGGAAGAUAAAUCAAGAUAAAAGAAGGCUAAUGAAAAGUAUUAAAGAUCAGAAAAUUAAAAUUGAAUGGGGGAAAAAAUUGAACAGAAGAUUGGUCAGAUAGAAGCACUUGAAUGUUUUUUUAAGGCUAUAAUGAAUUGUUUGAAUUGGGGAAGAAUACACGAAGUAUGAAAAAUGAAAAACUCAAUGAAGAAUGAAGAAAAGUAGAAAGCAAGAGUGAAGUAGAAUUAAAAGAAUCUGGAAGAAUGAAUGGGUCCUAGGUUAAGUAAAUGAGUCUCGCUCCCAGUCAAAAUCUCCAGCUGGGAGUCCUGCUCGUGUAAAAUCGGAGAGCAGGUCAGGAUCUCGCAGUCCAUCGAGAGCUUCCAAACAUUCUGAAUCACACUCUAGGUCAAGAUCAAAAUCGAGAUCCAGGUCCAGGAGACACUCGCACAGACGUUACACUCGCUCCAGAUCCCAUUCCCAUUCUCAUUCCCAUAGGAGACGUUCUCGAAGCAGAUCGUACACGCCAGAAUAUCGUCGUCGAAGGAGCCGUAGUCACUCUCCAAUGUCCAACAGAAGAAGGCACACAGGCAGCAGGGCUAAUCCGGAUCCAAAUACAUGUCUUGGAGUGUUUGGUCUCAGUUUAUACACCACUGAGAGAGAUUUGCGUGAAGUCUUCUCUCGUUAUGGACCUUUGACUGGUGUCAAUGUUGUUUAUGACCAACGGACUGGACGAUCGAGAGGAUUUGCUUUUGUUUAUUUUGAGAGAAUUGAUGAUUCUAAAGAGGCAAUGGAGCAUGCAAACGGAAUGGAGCUGGAUGGCAGGAGGAUUCGGGUGGAUUACUCCAUCACCAAGAGAGCGCAUACACCCACCCCAGGCAUCUACAUGGGCAGGCCAACGCACAGUGGAGGAGGUGGUGGUGGUGGAGCAGGUCGACGCCGUGACUCUUACUAUGAUAGGGGGUAUGACAGAGGGUAUGACAGAUACGAAGAGUAUGACUACAGAUACAGGAGACGAUCACCGUCGCCUUACUAUAGCAGGUACCGGUCACGGUCAAGAUCCCGUUCCUAUAGUCCAAGGCGCUACUGAAGAUCAGAAGAACGAACAGCUGAGGACUUGAUUUUUAAAUAAAAAGUUUAGAUCUUAGCUUCCCUACUGUUUUCCCUCCUUCCCCUCCCUUCCUUGACCUCCAUCCAGCUAUUUUAGAAAACUUGGGUUCAUUUAGAAUAUACAUAUCUUCCGUUGAAGUAUUCCUGUUUUCCAUCCCUCCUUAUGUAAUACUCUUAAAUAUCGUAAUUGUAGUUUUUGUGUAGUAUAACAUCUUAAGAAAAGUUAAAUAGAAAACCCAAAGUGUUGAUACAUUUUGGAAGUCAUUCCUAUUUUGUUUUUAAAACAAUUGGACUCCUGGCUAAUCAAGAGAGCGGUGAUAUUUUUAAAGCUUGCAUGUCAUACGUAAUGCACACACAGAUACUUUGAUAUAAACCUGCAUUUCCAAGUAACUCGUUGAUCCUUGUCUUAAAAGGCAAACAUUUUACUUUGAUAAACAAGUAACAACUUCGAGCCUUUACUGUAAAGACAAAUUUAUUUAGGUAGUGAUGAACCAGAGGAUUUUGGUUGGUUUUUUUUUGUUUUGUUUUGUUUUUUGGUCAGGUAGUUGCUUUGAAUGUAGAAUAUUUGAGCUAGAGAAAAAAAUGGGUAUUUGACUGACUUGGAAAACAUCCUUGUACACUGAAAAUUAAGGCUGCGUUUUAUAGAUAAAUUUCUGGAUAGCUGAACAGUGGAAAAUAUUUGGAGUUAAAACCAUAGAACUCCUGGGAUUUUUUUUUUAUUGUGCUUGGUUAAAUAUUUCCCCUUAAUAAGUGCAGGAGAAAACAACUAUUUAUUGAACAUAGCAAUUAGUUAUAUAAUUUGCUGUUCACUUAACAACAAACAGACUUUUGGUAUUGCAAUAAUGAUGAAGUUUUGUUUCCAGUCCUUUUGAAAGCAUGGAUGGAAAACCUGUAACUACAUGUAAACUUUUCUUUCCUUUCAAUAAAAGUAAAUUCCACUGA